AUGAGUGUUUUGAAAAUGAACAAAUUAAUAUUAUUAUUGUGGGUAUAUUUAGUUGUUAGUUGUGAGUGCUACAAAACUGUUACGGAUGAGAGUCAGUGUCCUAAAGUUCGAGCUGCCAGAAAUUUUGAUAUUACAGGAAUUGUUGGACAAUGGUAUGUUGUCCAAUAUUAUGCAUCUUCUGAAGAAUUACCAUUGUACAGUUGUAUGAGAGCAGUUUUUAUGCAAAAUGCAUUAGAAGUUGAUAUGAAUUUCACAUACAUGUUUGCCGAUGAUCCUCUUUUUGAACAAUUGGAAGGAAAUAUAACAUGGACCAUUCCAAAUCCAGACACCAUGGCACAUUGGGUACAUAAGGAAGACACUUAUGAAGGAGUAUACAAUACAUAUGUACUGGACUCUGAUUACAAGGAUUGGACUUUGCUGAUGCAUUGUGCAGAAAAAGAAGAAAGUACCAGAUAUUUAUCAGCACUUUUGCUAUCCAGAAAACAAGAUUUAACGAUUAAUGUCAUUUCUUACCUCAGGGACAAAUUACCAAAAUACGGCAUAGACACUGAAUAUCUGUUCCCAAUGGACCAGAAAAAUUGCAAACCAGGAAUACCAAGAACUUUGGAUCCAUUUGCAAGAAAAUUAAUAAUUCCAGGCAAUGACAAUGUUCCCUCCAAUGGUGGAGGCAAAAAGAAACAUCCAUUACAAAGGCAUCAUAAGAAACGGAGACAGGAAAGAUCUGAAUAUUAUUGA